AUGGAGUCGGUUAAUGAGGAAUUGAUCCUCACGGGGUCCGAGGCUGUUGCGGUCACAGCGGUAAUUCUGGACGCGGUGACUGAGUUGAAAACUCUGAUUAAUCUGAUUGAUAUCCGAAAGACCCAAAUACCCAACCAAAGAGGUGUUCAACCUCAGUCAAACAAUAGCGCAGCUAUUGAAUCGGAUCAUUUGGAGUCAACGAUCGAGGAUCUGUUCAACUCUAAAACAUAUACGGAAAAGUUGAAAACGGAUAUGAUUCAAGUGACUGAAAUUUUGGCACAACUCGCGGAAGAGUUGGACAAAAAAGGGACAUUUCAAGUGCUAGAAGAGGCGGUCAAACGGGAAGAAGACAAAUACAGGGAAAUCGAGAAAAUACUGGAACGCGAGCGUGUGAUGCGCGCACGGAUCAAAGGUUUACGACACGGAAUUGAAAACAAUCUUCGGGAGGGUCAGCAACUGAUCGAAAAGAGCAAGGAGACUAUUGCACAUCUGAAAGAUCAAGUUCAAGAAAUGAAAGCCAGAAGUGUCAUGGAGGAACGGUACAUGACACAGUACUCGCAAGUGCGUUUGGCCGAAUUGGAAAGUCGUUUUGAUGCAAAGAAACAAGAAUUGGUGGACGAGAUCGGAAGAAUCAACUUAUUACGGGACCAGGAAACGCGUGCAUCCGAGGAGACAAAGUCCUAUUUACGUGACCGACUUGCCGAACUGAAUCAACUGGAAGAAUUUUGGCGAACACGAUCAGAAAACGAUGUGCGCGAACUGAGACACAAGUUGGACAUUUUGAAGAGUGGCAAAACCAAAGAUCUCAAUCGAUUGCAUGAACUCACGUUACAAGUAAGUUUUAGUCGAGUGGCUUCGUAUUACUUGUGA